AUCGGCUGGGUGUAAGAAGAAAACGGAAAUUUAAUAACAGCAUUGCGGUAACGAUGAGGUGUCGUUACGGCUGCAGUUGCUCUUAGCCGAGGGAGAAAAGUGGUACCGCGGAACAUGUGCCACCGGAAGGAACCCUUCUGAAUUGGUGCCGAUUUUUGAAGUGAAUUGUACUUUGAGAUUGUGCGUGCGAAUUUUCGAAUUUAGGACUGCAAGUACGUAGUUAUUAGUGGUACCUGGCUCCGUAUAGCCAUGCUCACGCCAUGGAUACCAGCUCUGACCGCUACGAUGGCUGUGAUAAAUUACUGUUCCUGCGCGAAUAUUUUGAUGAUAACUAUGGGCGGCACCAAAUCCCACAAGAUUCCCUUCUGGGAGCUGGCGAGAGGGCUCAUACCGAGAGGACACAAUUUCACUUUCCUUAGCGCCUUUCCUAGCGAUUUUCUCUUGUCAGGUUUGGAGGAAAUCACUCCCACAGAAUUAGUUUUUUAUGUUCGCAACUUCACAAACUGGGACCUAGUGGGAGCCAGAAUGAGAGGCGAGGAACCGGUCCACCCAUGGGACAUGAUGCGUUAUGGCUACGAAGCUUGCGAUGUCCUCCUCUCUGACCAGGAAACCAGGAACUUCAUGCAUUCUGGCGAGAAGUUUGACCUUCUAAUACUGGACGGGGCGUAUCCGGAAUGUGCUCUCGGCUUCGUUCAUCAUUUCAAGGUUCCUUUUAUCUACAUCAAUACCGUAGGUUUUUACACGGGAUCUUUAUCUCUGGCCGGCAACCCCACCCCCUAUUCCGUCACUCCCUUUUUGGCGAGGCCUUUCACGGACAACAUGAACUUUAUCCAGAGGGUACAAAACACUCUAUGGAACAUGGCGGCCAACGCGAUGCACUCUGUAAUGGUGCGCUUUAUGAUUCAAAAGGUGUUGAGAAAACACCUCGGCAAUGACGUGCCUGCCGUUUACGACAUGUCGAGGAAUGUCAGCUUUAUCCUACAGAAUGGACACGCUACGGUCUCUUACCCACGACCUUACCUCCCUAACGUUGCAGAGAUAGCUUGUAUCCACUGCAGAUCACCGAAAAAGCUCCCUGAGGACCUCGAGAGAUUCAUCGAGGGUUCCGGAACUGCAGGCUUCAUCUAUUUCAGCAUGGGUUCCUCUGUAAAGGCGAGCAACAUGCCCGACUAUCUCAGGAACAUGCUGAUGGUGGUGUUUAGGAAUUUACCACAGAGGGUAUUGUGGAAGUACGAGGCGGAUGACAUGUUCGACUUGCCCGGCAACGUCAUGUUGGGAAAAUGGUUGCCGCAGCAGGAUAUACUCGGUCAUCCUAAGUUGCGAGCUUUCGUGACUCAUGGAGGUUUGCUGAGCAUGUUCGAAACGAUCUACCACGGAGUGCCUGUCGUCUCGCUACCCGUGUUCUGCGACCACGACUCUAACGCAGCCAAAGCCGAAGAGGAUGGCUACGCGUUGAAAUUAGAUCUCGAAAAUCUCACUCCAGAACUCCUGUUGAGGUCCAUCAAAACCGUCAUCAGAGACCCUCGGUUUCGUCGGGAAGUGAAAAGGAGACAAAAGCUCCUUUUGGACCAACCGGAAACUUCCAUGGAGAGAGCCAUUUACUGGACAGAGUACGUGUUGAGGCACCAAGGCGCGAGCCACCUUCAGUCGCCCGCUAGACACAUGGGAGUAGUUCAGUAUUACCUAGUGGACGUUAUAAUUUUCCUUUUGGUUAUUUUCGUAGUUUCUAUUUGCAUCUGCAGGAGGUUGUUAGGGUUGCUAGGCAAGUACAGUGUAUAUAUAGGUUCUAGGAAAAUUAUUAAGGUCGAGUAA